AUGCCUAGGCUGCAGCAACGCGAGUACGCUGAUGCCCAAGUCGCGCGAUGGAGAUCCCGGGGCCUGGGGGUAAUGUCACCUCCGGACCCGUACUACCCGGAGCGGCGUCACUGGCCGAUGCGGAACUGGCUGAUGGAGAUCAAGGAGACGAUUCGGUACUUGCGGGAGAUCAACCUGUCCGGGGAUCCUGAACGGCCUUGGGUCGCCAACUUCCGGGGUGAGUGCCUGUGCCUGCCGGUGGUGUCCGAUCACCAGGCGAGGCAGGUCGACUUCAACAUCCUCUGGCUUGAAGACGGCUCCCGGGAUUACAUCUCAGUGAUCGCCAUCCUGCAGACCAUGCUCUCCGACGCGGGAUUCGCUUUCGUCAACUUGCUCCCGUCCUGGGGACAGUCGCUACGCUCGGAGUUCUUCAAGGCUCGCGAUGUACGAUUCAUGUCGGACGCCAUGUUCCUUCGCCAGCUUCUCGCCAACAGCCAGGACGCCUGGGACCAAAUCGCCCGGGGGCGCAAGUUCAGUGUUCGCCGAGAAGAUGUCCCAUCCCAGACCCUGGACCCCGAAGCCGCGGGCGCGUUCCCGGUGGAAGAUGAUGGCGACGCGCUGAUGCUGACUUCUGAAGAGCAAGAACUUCUGGGAAUGGCCGUGGUGACCAGGCUCCGCCUGGCCCAGCAGCCGCCCGGACGUCGCGGGAGCCUGGAUGCGCUGAUGUCGAUUCCGUCGUGGCCGGGCUCCAACGAAGGCGCCAGGGUCUGGGGCGCACCACUCCCGGAGGUUGUGUGCUCCUCGAGCGUGGCCUCCGGAGACGCCCCCAUGCUGACCCCUGACGAGAACAUGUCGUCGGCGGGCGGUAGCUCUCAGGGUUCUCCUGGAUUCGGACCCGCCGGAGUCACGGCCAGUGUGUUCGUGGCGACGACCGCCGCUGAUGGGGGCACAGCCCCGAUGCUGGAGCAGCAGACUGUGUACGUCCCGGUCGCCGCGUACCCGCCGGACUUCGCCCAGGCGCCCUCGCCUGGGUCGACCGCGCCACCGCUUGCCGGACCUCGGGACCAAGUGCUGCACGAAGAGACGAAGCGGAAGUCCAGGGAGCGGAGGCACACCACAGUGCCCAGCGGAAACAGCAGCAAGUCGUCUCAGCGCAAGCGGGAGAUUGAAGAGUCUCGGCACAAGGAAGCCGCAGACACCGAGAUCGCCACGCUCCGGCUCAGGCUCCAUCAGCUCAAAGAACAGCAGGCCCGGGAGCGCGACGACAUCCAGCAACAGUUGAUAAGGCAGUCGCUCAGGAGCGAGACGCUGCGUUCCGGGAAGCAGAAGCCAUCUCCCGGGACGCCGAGCGCCUGCGUGAUGAGGCGAUCGCCGGGGCGGAAGCUGCAGCCGAAUGCAUCAAACAAGAGGAGGAGCGUGCGCAAAAGGAACUCCACCACCGUGCUCAAGAGGAGCACGCCCGAAGGACGCUGGACCAAGAACGCUUCGACGGUCAGCAAGAAGAGAUCCGACAGCUCCGAGAGCUGCUCGCAGCGGCGAACCGACCACGCGGGCGAAGCCCGUCUCCAGGAUGCAGCCGGGGGCUACCCGGGGUCUGCCCAGGGUCCGGGAUACGGCAUGAUGAGCUUCCGGCCCUUUAUCGCCUACGAUGCUGUUGAGCCGUUCGACCCCAUCUUGCCACUGGAUAAACGACGGCUCUGGUGGGACAAGUUCCAGUAUAUUGCUCUCAUGGGAGGAUGGCGCGAACAAGAGCGCUGUACGGGGCUGUAUAGCCGACUGAGUCACAAUGAGGGCACCAAGGCCUGGGUUCAGCAGCUCCCGGCUGUCAUUCGGCACAACUGGAACUCGCUCUCGGACAAGUUUGCCAACGAAUUCUGCCGGUCUACGGAGUCUCCGGUCGAGAGGUACCUUCGUCAAAAACAGGAUUCCCGGGAGACCCCGAGGACUUUCCUGUGGCGUUUGAAUGCUGCCGCGUCGCUCUCGGGAUGCCGCCGGCACCUCAACCAGUUCCUGAAGAACCUACGCGAUCGGGAGCUCCAGCUCAGUCUCCAAGGCAGAAUCUACUCCUCGGUGGACGAGUUGGAGGAAACUCUGCGCCAGGUCAAAGAAAUGGAGCGGGGACUACGCCGCAGGCCCGGGAAUGAUGUGCAAUUUGGACGCUACAAGCCUCCGGGAGUCAGUUCCGGGGCCGCGCCCCGGACGGCGCGCGCGGCGAAGGUGUCUGCAGCGUACUUGGCCACUGCUCCCAAGGAAGAAGAAGUAACUUCGUCCCGGCAGCUGCAAUGGGACGAUGACAUGGACAGCGACUACGGCUACCAGUAUUCUUCACAGUGUGAAGUUGGACUCAAGCGCAAGCAGCUUCGCGCCGCGCGAAUCGCGCGGCUCGGUUUCUUCUGCCGUGACGCAGGACGUAUCGAGGCUGCUAAGGCGGUCGAGCGCCUCAAGAAGAUGACGCGCAAGCAGAUCGGUGCGUAUGGCUUCACGGACAUGUUGGGGCUCGGCGAGGAGGGCAACGUGGUGAAAAUCAAGGACAAGGAGAAGUGCUCCACGGCCGAUGAUGUUGGCCCCGCCAACUCUAACCGCCAGCGCGUGCAGCAGGCGCAGACAUGCGCAACAAGACGAGACGGAGCAGGAGAAGAAGGUCAAAGACGAGAAGGAGCUGCUUACCGUGGACAGGGUCCGCAAGGACAAGGCCGAGAAGAGGACCGUGAAGAGGAGAAGCAGCAGGAAGGCAUCGACAGACCCAGCUCCGGGCUGACCAAGAACUGUACAGCGCAGCCUGACGCCGACGACGCCAGAGCUGACUUGGGUUGCUUCCUAAACUAA